CACAACUCUUAACUCAUCAUUUAACAGUCACACAUGGACUACAGAACAGUUUCAUCUAAUUUUGCUGAAAAUGCAUCGCCCACUUGCGCUCUCACUACUAUUGCUCUUUAUACACAAGGUGCUGGCGAAGCCAUGGGUGCCAUGGGGUCAUAACUAUCCCUCAUACCCGUCCAACUGCUUGACCGACGGCCAGGCUCUCGACAUUGCUACACGUUAUCUCUCUCGCUAUAACAGCGGCGCGGUGACUUCAUUGUCAGACCUCGCCGGCAUCGUGACUCCAAAUUUCACCAGUUAUGACGAGACUGGAACGGGGCCAUAUAGCAAUGAACCCGCGACUGUUGGCAUUGAGGCCUUCUUUCAGUCCCUGACAGCGAGCGGCCCAAAUUCGUUUGGGAACGCAGUACAGUACCCGCUAUUUUUGUUGCACGACUGCAGCAGUAUUUCAUAUCGCUGGAAAUUUGAGGGAUGGUCGACAGGAUACAAUGCGACCGUUCCUGCUGGAACAUAUCUCGAAUUCAAAGGGAUAGAUAUCAUCUCUGUCGAUUUGGACACGAUGCUUGUAUAUAACGCGACGUCAUCUGGCGACUGGAUUAAUUUAGCACGAGAAUUGGGUCAGAUUGGCACCUUCUUCCCUUGACCUCACGGUCAAACUUUGUGUCGGUCGAUUGUGCUGAGUACCGAGGGAUGAUGACUGGGAUGUAUAUCAUACAUCUUGCCAUGAAACGUGUAAUAUUGAGGAAGGUAUCAACAUGGGAUAUAAUGGGAAAUAAUGACAAUUAUAAUGAAAU